GCCGCCGCGACACUCCCAUACCACCAUCCACAAUGUCAGACAACGACUCGAAAGAAGCAUCGACGGCCAUCGCGAUCGAGCUGCCGGACGGCAGCUUGGGGCACACGCCGCGGCGGCGGUUCGCGCCUGCGCGCGUCGCGCGCAGCCUCGUGUCGAAACACGCGUGGUUCGGGGACUAUGACUACGCGUCGCUCUUCAUCCCGAACAUCCCGUGGGUGUGCCGCGCGCGCUCGCUCCCGUUCUACGGCGUCGACGACGACCUCCCGCACCUCCUCAAACUCAUCCUCGGCCUGCAGCACGCACUCGCCAUGGUCGGCGGCCUCGUCGUCCCGCCCCUCCUCCUCGGCGGGUCCGCCGGCGCGAAUCUCGGCCCCGACGUGCAGCAGUACCUCAUCUCGGCGUGCCUCAUCUGGUGUGCCGUCGGCACGGCCGUCCAAAUCGCGCGCCACCGCAUCCCCCGCACACGCUAUUAUUUCGGCACAGGCCUCAUCUCCGUCGUCGGCACGUCGUUCACGUUCGCCAACGUCGCACUCAAGUAUCUCGCGCAGGCGUACGACAACGGUACUUGUCCCACCGCCGAGGACGGCACGCGACUGCCGUGCCCCCGCGAGUUCGGGGCGAUCCUCGGGACUGGCGCGCUCACGGGUAUUUUUGCGAUCGCGCUCGCGUUCGUGCCGCCAAAGACUAUCCGCAAAGCGUUCCCGCCCCUCGUUAUCGGCACCAUGAUCUGCUUUAUUGGCGCAUCGCUCGUGUCCGCCGGCAUCACGAACUGGGCCGGCGGCUCAGGCGCAUGCAUGACGGACCACACGCUGCUGUGCUCGUCCGGCUCGCAGAGCCAUCCCUGGGGCUCGGCGCAGUAUCUCGGCCUCGGCUUUUCAUGCUUCGCCGUUAUUGUCAUCUGCGAAGUCUUCGGGAGCGCAUUCAUGAAGUCUGCGUCCGUCUUCAUCGGCUUCGUGACGGGCAUGAUCAUCGCGGCCGCAACAGGCUAUUUCGACGGGAGUGUGAUCCGCGCCGCGCCCGGCGGCACGUUUCUGUUCAUCCACACGUUCCCGCUCGGCCUGCGCGGCCAGCUCGUGCUCCCCAUGCUCGCGAGCUGGGCCGUCAUCGUCGCCGAAAGCAUCGGGAACAUCACGGCGUCCGCGCAGGCCUCGAACCUCGACAUCGAGACGGACGACUUCAUGACGCGCGUGCAGGGCGGCAUGCUCGCCGACGCCGUGUCCGCGACCCUCGCGAACCUGUGCACCAUCACGCCGCUCACGACGUUUGCGCAGAACUCGGCCGUCAUCGCCCUCACGCGCAACGCCUCCCGCCAAAGCGGGUACAUGUGCGCAUUCCUCCUCUUCGUCAUGGGUGUCGUGGGCAAGUUCGGGGCGAUCUUCGUCGCGGCGCCCCCCGCCGUCAUCGGCGGCUUUACGACGUUCCUCUUCGGCUCCGUCGCCGUCUCGGGGAUCCGGAUUAUGGCGUUCGCGGAGUGGACGCGCCGCGACCGCUUCAUCGCGACCGCGGCGUUCGCGCUCGGCCUCGCAUCCCUCGUCUCGCCGGAUUGGUUCAGCUACAUCUUCACGUACAAGGGCGAGAACAAGGCGCUGCAGGGAUUCCUCCAGGCCCUCGUGCUUGUUGUCGAGGAGGCGUAUCUUAUCGCCGCGCUCGUCGGCGUCUUCCUCAACCUCGUCUUGCCGUGGGACCACGAGGACGCGCCGGACGAAAAGCACUAGGCCCCGGAGGGUCUAGCAUAUGUUUAUAAGUGUGCCUUGAUUGGCUUGUAGGAUGGCGGAUAGCGCCUCAUGUAUCGAGUUCGGAG